AUAGGGAGGAAAAUGACAGAAAGAGAAAGAGAGGAAUUGAGAUCCAGUAUUGGUACUUGGUGGAAACCAGUCUGUGUCAGACACCGGAGCUAGGAAGAUGCCGCCGGCUCCCGGUAAUUUUGACCGCGAGUCCGGAUCGCCCCGCGAAGAGUUUCGCGCAGCUUUAACCCGUUCGGUACAAUAUCAUUAUUCUAAAUUUUAUCGUGCAGAUUAUGGAAAUAAUAAAGAACGCCACGUUAUCGUGAAUAAUACGUUAUGUAACGUUAAAAUGGCUGCAUUUGUGAUAACAUGUUUAUCUCUGAUAAUGAUCGUGCCCAACGUUACAUCCGAGAAAAUUCCAAUCGGUGCUAUCUUCGAACAGGGUACCGACGAGGUACAAUCAGCGUUCAAAUUCGCGAUGCUAAACCACAACGAGAACGUAACCGGAAGACGAUUCGAGCUCCAGGCGUUCGUCAACGUAAUUAACACCGCAGACGCCUUCAAAUUGUCUCAUCUAAUUUGCAACCAGUUCAGUAGGGGCGUCUACUCCAUGCUGGGUGCGGUCAGUCCGGAUUCGUUCGACACGCUUCAUUCCUACAGCAAUACCUUUCAAAUGCCAUUCGUUACGCCGUGGUUUCCGGAGAAGGUGCUGACUCCGUCUUCCGGGUUUCUGGAUUUCGCGAUAAGCAUGCGUCCGGAUUAUCAUCGCGCGAUAAUCGACACCGUGCGAUACUACGGAUGGAAGAAAAUCAUUUAUUUGUACGACUCGCACGACGGACUUUUGAGACUGCAGCAGAUAUACCAAGGAUUGAGACCCGGCAACGAUUCCUUUCAAGUGGAGACCGUUAAAAGGAUACAAAACAUGUCGGAGGCUAUCGACUUCCUACGAAGCCUCGAGGAAUUGAGCAGAUGGAGCAACAAAUACGUCGUUCUCGAUUGUCCGACGGACAUGGCGAAGGACAUCGUGGUCAGUCACGUGAGGGACGUCGCCCUGGGAAAAAGGACUUAUCACUAUCUUCUCAGCGGAUUGAUAAUGGACGACCGUUGGGAGAGUGAGGUGAUCGAGUACGGAGCGAUCAACAUCACCGGAUUUCGCAUCGUGGACGCCACUAGACGACAUGUCAAGGAGUUCCUCUCGAAGGAAGGCUGGCGCCGCCUCGACCCGACUACUUCUCAAGGCGCCGGUCGAGAGUCCAUUUCCGCCCAAGCCGCCCUCAUGUACGACGCGGUCUUCGUUCUCGUUGAGGCGUUCAAUAAGAUAUUACGGAAAAAACCCGACCUCUUCAAAACCAACGUCCGACGUCCCGGUGUCGCGGGAAGUACCAGCGGCGGAAGUAGUGGCGGCGGCAAUAGCGGGAACAAUCAUCCGACGAAUGGAACUCGAGCUCUCGACUGUAACACUAGCCAAGGAUGGGUCACUCCUUGGGAACACGGAGACAAAAUAUCGCGAAACCUUAGAAAGGUGGAGAUAGAAGGAUUGACGGGUGAAAUCCGAUUCAAUGACGACGGCCGUCGUCAAAACUACACACUUCACGUCGUAGAAAUGACCGUCAACAGUGCGAUGGUCAAGGUCGCCGAAUGGACCGAUGAGGCUGGAUUUCAACCCAUUGCUGCAAAAUAUGUGAGACUUAGACCGCAGUCUGACAUCGAAAGAAAUAGGACUUACAUCGUUACCACCAUUGUGGAAGAGCCUUAUAUCAUGCUGAGAAAACCCGAACAAGGCGAAACCCUCACAGGAAAUGAUCGCUUCGAAGGCUACUGCAAAGACCUUGCCGACUUGAUAGCGAAAAAACUUGGAAUAACUUAUGAGUUGCGGAUCGUAAAGGACGGUAAAUACGGAACUGAAAAUCCCGACGUAAAUGGCGGUUGGGACGGAAUGGUGGGUGAGCUGAUUCGAAAGGAAGCGGACAUCGCGAUCGCAUCGAUGACGAUAACGUCCGAAAGAGAACGAGUCAUAGACUUCAGCAAACCCUUCAUGUCGUUGGGCAUAAGUAUAAUGAUUAAAAAACCAAUAAAACAGAAGCCUGGAGUAUUCAGUUUUUUGAAUCCACUCAGUAAAGAAAUUUGGGUCUGCGUUAUAUUUUCAUACAUCGGAGUGUCCAUCGUUCUCUUCAUCGUCUCGAGGUUCUCGCCUUACGAAUGGCGACUUCUCCAAAUCAGCGGUGGAAACGAUCCGAUGGCGGGAGGUAGAGGUGACCCGGGACUUCCGCAUCCGCAUGCACCCCACGGUUCGCCUCACACGCCGCAUUCCAGCAUGGCGAAUGAUUUCAGUAUUUUGAACAGCUUGUGGUUUUCGUUGGGCGCUUUCAUGCAGCAGGGCUGCGACAUAUCUCCAAGAUCGAUCUCCGGUCGCAUAGUUGGGAGUGUAUGGUGGUUUUUCACUCUCAUUCUAAUAUCAUCGUACACUGCAAACUUGGCAGCGUUUUUAACGGUCGAAAGAAUGGUCGCGCCUAUAAAUUCGCCGGAAGAUCUCGCUGGUCAAACGGAAGUUCAAUACGGAACGCUCUACCACGGAUCUACAUGGGACUUUUUCAGGAGAUCACAGAUAACAUUGUACAGCAAAAUGUGGGAGUUUAUGAACUCGAGAAAGCACGUAUUCGUGAGUACGUACGACGAGGGAAUAAGAAGGGUGAGAACGAGCAAGGGAAAAUAUGCGCUUUUAAUUGAGAGUCCUAAAAACGAGUACAUCAACGAACGAGAACCGUGCGAUACGAUGAAAGUUGGAAGAAAUCUCGACGCAAAAGGUUUUGGAGUAGCCACGCCGCUCGGUUCACCCCUCAAAGACAGUAUAAAUUUGGCGGUCUUGUCGCUCAAGGAGAACGGAGAGCUCACGAAAUUGACGAAUCGUUGGUGGUACGAUCGUACGGAGUGCAGACACGGUGACAAACAAGACGCGUCGAGAAACGAAUUGUCGUUGAGUAACGUCGCCGGAAUAUUUUACAUCCUAAUCGGCGGUCUACUCGUGGCUCUCGCCGUUGCGCUAUUAGAAUUUUGCUACAAGUCGCACACAGAGGCGACCAGAGCGAAGAUCCCGUUAUCAGACGCGAUGAAAGCUAAAGCUCGUCUCACGAUCGGCGGAGGUCGAGACUUCGACAACGGAAGGUGGUACGGACUGCAGAGUUAGACGGAGGAUGCAUGCGCCUAUCCCGGGACCAUAUUACUACGCGCCAGCGAACGCAAUCGGCAAUGCCGAGAGCGAUCAGGUACACAGCAAUACCCACACGCAAGUUUAGGUACCACGUCCGACACGACGUCAUAUACACCUCCGCCCCCACCCCCGCCCCCGCCACCGCCACCG